AUGUCGCGGCGGGAGCGGGGCCCGGACACCCACCCGGGGCUGGGCGGCGCCGGGGCGGCCGCGGAGGACGCGGCGCCGGCGGAGCCGGAGAGUCCCGAGCAGUGCCUGUCGCUGCUGCCCUGGGACCGCUUCUCGGCCUGGCUGCACUGCGUGUGUGUGGUGGGCUUCGACCUGGAGCUGGGGCAGGCCGUGGAGGUAAUAUAUCCUCCACAUUCCAAACUCACAGAUAAAGAGAAAACCAAUAUUUGCUAUUUGUCUUUUCCAGAUUCUAAUUCGGGUUGUCUUGGGGACACACAGUUUUGUUUUAGAUUUCGACGCUCUCCUGGAAGGAAAGUCUCAUUGUGUUGUUUUCUGGACCAAUUGGAUAGAGAUCUGCCAGUUUACUUAAAGAAGGAUUCAGCAUAUUACUAUGGCUAUGUGUACUUCAGACAAGUUCGGGACAAGUCAUUAAAAAGGGGCUAUUUCCAGAAGUCUCUGGUCCUCAUCAGCAAGCUGCCUUAUGUGCAUCUGUUCCGCACCAUGCUGAAGCAAAUAGCACCAGAGUAUUUUGAAAAAAGUGAAGCUUUCCUGGAAGCAGUUUGUAGCGAUGUUGAUCGUUGGCCGCCACCAGUUCCGGGGAGGGUUCUGCAGCUGCCUAUCAUGGGUGUUAUCAUGAAGUUGCGGAUCCCAACAUAUCGUGACAAGCCCGGAACAACACCGAUAGUACAGAACAUGCACCAGGCAGAUGCUCAGAUCUCCAUGGCUUUGCCGACUGUUCAUGAAGUGGAUCUUUUCAGGUGUUUCUGCCCGGUGUUCUUUCACAUUCAGAUGCUUUGGGAGCUGGUGCUGCUGGGAGAACCACUUGUUGUGAUGGCACCAUCGCCAUCAGAAUCUUCAGAAACCGUGUUGGCCCUUGUUAGCUGCAUUUCCCCCCUGAAGUACUGCAGUGAUUUCAGGCCGUACUUCACCAUUCACGACAGUGAAUUCAAAGAAUACACGACCCGCACACAAGCUCCGCCCUCUGUCAUUCUAGGGGUGACAAAUCCUUUUUUUGCUAAAACACUUCAGCACUGGCCCCACAUUAUCCGAAUUGGAGAUAUUAAACUUCCAGGUGAAGUUCCAAAGCAGGUGAAAGUGAAAAAACUGAAGAACCUAAAAACUUUGGACUCCAAACCUGGUGUUUAUACCUCCUACAAGCCAUACUUGAACAAAGAUGAAGAAAUCGUUAAACAGUUGCAAAAGGGAGUACAACAGAAACGUCCGACAGAAGCACAGAGUGUGAUCCUUCGGCGCUAUUUUUUGGAAUUGACAGAAAGUUUCAUUAUUCCAUUAGAACGUUAUGUGGCAAGCCUAAUGCCUCUGCAGAAAUGCAUAUCACCAUGGAAGAGUCCACCACAGCUGAGGCAGUUUAGCCAAGAAGACUUCAUGAAGACACUGGAAAAAGCAGGACCACAACUCACCUCGGGUUUAAGAGGAGAUUGGAUAGGACUUUACAGGCAUUUUUUGAAAUCACCAAAUUUCGAUGGUUGGUUUAGGAGCCGGCAGAAGGAAAUGACACAGAAGUUGGAGGCCCUUCAUUUAGAAGCACUCUGUAAUGAGAACUUGGUUUUUUGGAGUCAGAAGCACACUGAAGUAGAAACAGUGGAUCUUGUUUUGAAGUUAAAAAAUAAACUGUUGCAGGCUGACAGAGAACAUCUUCCUGUGAAAACCGACACGCUGAAGAAGCUGCAGACACACAUCAAUGACAUCAUAUUAGCACUUCCAGAUGACUUGCAGGACAUCUUGCUCAAAACUGGCACAACAUGAUUCCUGCUGGGCUUUUUUGAUGCAGAAAACCAAAAGGCAAGUAGUCUUACAGAAGACAGUGGCUUACCAAGUUUGGAGCACAGCUCUAAACAGUACAUUAACACUACAAUGGACUGCACUAAUAGUAUAGCCCAUUUUACUAUUUUCACUGUUUUUUCCAUUUAAAUACCAAUGCAACUAAAGGGAUUCCUGUGUCUAAUAAUGUUUGAAAUAAGUGCUCUUAAAGAAUAAUCUGUGGGCAUAUGAAGCUGUACCACAGUAUAGGACCACAGUGCAGUGCUGGCAUUGCAGAAUGUUUUUCCAUUGGUGCUGCUGUACCCAAUCCUGUUAACUCAGGGGUGAGCAAUAUUGAUCCUGUACUGUCCUGUUGAUGUAGUAUCUGAUUAUUCUUUCUUUCUUUUUUUUUUCUUUUAGUUUUUAUCUAGUGAUAACUCCAACUGACAUGUGAUUGGCCAGAAUACCUUAUAGUUGAGGUAUUUACUGGUAAAUCAUUUCUUUCAAAACUGUUUCAGGAACAACUGAAAUAAUCAGAUCGGUUCUUAACUUUCUUCCUUUCUCCUUCUUACCAUCUUUCCAAAAUGACAUUCAUUUAGCAUCUUGAAAGAAGAGAAGGCAGCUGAAAAAAAUUUCCUGAAGGGAAGUCUCUUCUAUUUAAUUUCAGUUAAUUAGGGUGCUCUUACAUGCCUUAAAUAAAGUAAUUGUAUACUAAUUCAUGGUUUUAAACUGCUGACAUCCAGGAUUUCAAGUGGAUCGCUCGUGUAAAUGUAAGCAUGCAGCGUUCAUCACAGGAAUUAAACACAGGGGUGUUCUAAUGAGGAUUUUAAAAUGGGUGGUUUCAGUAGAGUUGGCUGAUACCCAGUCUGAUUGAGUGGAGAUCAUAACAGUUCAGCUCCUUUUAUAACUUUUAACUUUACUGGUUACACCAGUCGGGUGUUUGAGGAGGUGAACGGGCUGGAGUGAAAAGAUGUUGCUUCAGCUAAGAAAAGCCUCUGGACAGGUCAGGCUGUGGCAAGAAACAACUGUAGCAUGAAAUUAUUCUCAGUAUAUGCAUCCAGCAGACAUGCACAAAGAGUAAUUUCCUCUUGUACAUUAAGCAGCAAGAAUGUGAUGUUUAUCUUCUUGAACAAGUUUCAGUGGUAUAGAAGAGCUCAGCUACUCCACAUGCAGUGUUGUACUUUGCCCGGUUUCAAGUAGAAUAAACAUAAUAUUAUAGUGUACACACAGCAUAUACUUUUAUAUGACAAAUGGAUCACAGUUGUAAAAAAAACCACUCUGCUUUUAAGUGCUUGGAUAGAAUUUUUAAAAACUUAUGACAUAAUCCUGCUAUAAGAAUAUGCUUUUGUAUAACAAAUAUUUCAUAUCAUCUUUCUAAAAAUGUCUUAUUUAGGUAUAAAGUGUCACAACGGUAUUUUUAUGAAAAUAAUGUAUUUUGGUACUGUUAUGUUUUGUAUACAAUUAAUCAUGACCAAAAGUUUAAUGUAUCUAUUAUGCUACUUAAACUACACCACUUCAGCAUUAAUUGCUAACUUGCAAAUUUAUUUUGCACAACCUGAUGAAUAGCAUUUCUCAUUCAGAAAUUCUUAAGUGGCCAUUCAUACCCUAAAUUAUCUUAAAUAUUUAACCUGGAGCACUGUGUACUUUCUUGGAACCAUGUAAACUGGUAACAACUAUGAUAACUAUCACAUGACUGCAAAUACGUAUUUUUUUAAAGGAAAAUAAAAGAGUUUGAUUUUU